AUGCGAAGGCAGGCCGUCGGAGCGAGUGCGAGUGCGAGUGCGAGCAGCAGCUUCUCGACGACGACCCGCUCGUUCGAUCCGGCCAAGCCCCAGGAGCCCCACACCUCGUCGUCGUCGUCGUCGACCGACAGCAGCAGUACCGGAAAUGACAACGGCAAGCAAGAAGACCAAAAGGAGCAGGCCAAGGCCGAAGAGCCCGUCGACACGACCGUGCCAGGGCGAUCGCCGUUCCAGGCGUUUGUCGAUGUGCUUCGCGCCGAAGUGAGGAAGAACCGAGAGUGGCAGGACUCGGUCAAGCAGCUGCAGGGCGAGGCGUCCAAGGUGCAGGACUCGGAGGCCAUGAGGAAGACCAAGGAGCUGUACGAACGAGCGAGGGUGAGUGCCCGACAGUUUGUUAGGGCUCGGCUCCAUCGCCCGGGUGGACCCAUCGUUCUGACCGUGACCUGCUCUGCAUUUCUCCCAUCGGUACAGUUGCAAGCUUCGAUUGAAAACAACCCCAAACUGGCGGCGGCAGCGAGGGAGCUCAAAAAGGCCGGCGUCAACGUCAAUGAUGCGAUCACGCACACGAUCAAGACUAUGGAGGAGAACGCUUUCGUCAAGUCCGCCGGAAGGGCUGUAGGUCUCCCCUUAGUUCCACCUUUGACUGUCGCGUAUCAUCAUAUUGAUCGCUCCUGUCCCACUUGCGCGGUAACAGAUCUCGGCCUCGGCCAGGGUCGUUGGAGAUGCGGCAAUGACGGCAUCCGAGCCGCUGCGAAAGACCGAGGCGUACAAGGCCGUCGCGUCGGAGAUCUCCGAGGCGAUCGACAGUGCGGCCAACAACGUGCAGCAUGGCGGGUACAUUGAAAAGGACGCGAGGCGGAGGAGAAGGGAGGCGAGAUUGGAAAAGGCCGGUAAAUCGGGUCAACAGGGACUGGCCGCGAGGAGACCCAAGGUCGAGGAAGAUCCUUUGUGAGUGAUGACGCGAGCUUGUGACCUGCUGGGGGAAACAGACCAAGAACUGACAGCAUGCGGACCGACAACAAAACACAGAGCCGGACAAGCAGUGACAUUACACGCCACCGCGAAUGUGGAGAAGAAGUCCCGAUUCGCGUCCAUCACCCCGAAACCUGUCGCAGACGCCUUUUCCUCCAUGUCGCACGCCUACGCCGAGUCCGAGAACCCGUUCGUCUCUUCGAUGCGAACGGUCACGUCCGCGAUCGGGCGCUUCUUUGACGAGACCGAGACGGCCAAAGUGGCGAAGUGGGUCAAGGAGCUCGAUCCGUCGUUCACGACUGAGGGUUUCUUGAGGGAACUGAGGGAGUACAUCGUGCCCGAGCUGGUAGAUGCGUACGUGAACGGUGACCAGCCCACGUUGAAGGCGUGGUGUUCCGAGGCAGUGAGUUUUCCGCCGAGAUGAGGGGCAGAGAAUAUCUCCCCUUGUGCCAAGGGUCGCUGACUCGAGAUAUUGGCUGCAGACGUACAACGUGCUGAUGGCCACACUGCAAGGAACCAUCUCACCCACACUGGUUUCCGAAUCUCGUGUCCUGGACAUCCGGAAUCUUGACGUACGUCGAAAGUUGUUGACCUCCCUAACUUUGGCAGGCGCUAAUAUUUUGUUCUUGACUGGCUUGUCGCGCGACAGAUCAUGUCGGCCAAGAUCUUGGAGAACGACCUGCACGUAUUUGUUGUCGCCUGGCGCACGCAGGAGAUCCUCGCUUACCGUGACAUCAAGACGGGUAAACUCGCCGUCGGGGACGAGAAUAAAAUCGAGCAGGUCGGUUACGUCGCCGUGCUGACGAGGGUCGACGAGGAGUUGGACAACAAGGUCACGGGCGGGUGGAAGGUGAUUGACAUGGCCCGACGAGCGGGUUAA